AUGAAUGAAAUUCUUUCUUGGAAGAAGAAGCAGGAAAAUACUUACAUUAAUAUUACAUCGAAAGAGAAUAAUGGGUCCACAUUGGUUUCCGGAAACCGACGACAAUCUUCACAGAAAGACUUUGUCUUUAAUCCAGGGACUUCCAUCGUAUACAAGCAGCGUAAUAAAAGUAUCUUAGUUAAUUUUGGAUAUUUUUGGCACAUCACCGAUUUUCAUUAUGAUCCAUUCUUUGAGGACGUAAAAAAAGGUUGUUGGAAAUCGGUUAUAGAAGGAGGAGUGAGGAAUUACAAGAAACUCGUCGGGCGUUUCGGAGAUUAUCGUUGCGAUUCUCCCUGGGAGCUCAUUGAAUCUGCCGCAAGAAUUAUGGCCGCCCGGCAGGGAGAUAAUGUAGAGUUUGUACUCUGGACUGGAGAUACGUUGUCCCACUCGGUCAAACACAAGGGUGGAACUUUACAGCUUGAGUACGUGCAAAAUUUAACGGACCUCUUCCAGAAAACGUUCAGGUCGCAGUUCGUGUUCCCGGCUCUAGGACACGACGAUCCAGGCUUUAAAAAGCACCUAAGUAGCAUGUGGAGUAGAUGGCUCCCAACUGAUUCCCUAACAACUUUCGAAUCAGGUGGCUAUUAUAUAGUGGAAAGGAAAACGUUUCAGUUACAAAUAAUCAUGUUAAAUACGAACUUAAUGACAAGAAAUAAGCAUGAUGAAGAUGCUAAAAAGCAAUGGGACUGGUUAAACCGUGUUCUUGAAAAAUGCGAAUCUUUAAAACAGACUGUGUAUCUUGUUGGUCAUAUACCACCCGGUUCUGAUGAAAGACGAGGGUCACUAGAAAGAUAUUUUUCCGACUAUUAUAACAAAAAAUAUAUACAAAUCGUUCAGAGAUAUUCCGGUACGAUAAUGGGGCAAUUUUUUGGCCAUCUCCAUUCUGAUUCCUUUAGGGUUAUGUAUAACGAAGAGGGAACCCCUACGAGUUGGAUACUCUUAGCUCCUUCUCUAACGCCUCGAAGGAUGAGCAAUGGGCAAAAUAAUCCUGCCUUGCGACUUUACAAAUUUAACAAAUACACAGGAGAAGUUUUGGACUACACUCAAUACUAUUUGGAUUUACCCAAGGCCAAUCGUAACGAAGUCGAUUGGCAAGUGGAAUAUAACUUUACUACGUAUUACGGAUUGACUCAAAUAACACCAACAAAUUUGAACAGUUUAGCCAAAAGAAUAACCUUCUACAACGAAGACGACACGUUUGCCAAAUAUUUCAGAGCAAAUUCAGUAAAAAUUUACAACGCGUCCCAGUCGGUUUGCGACUCGAGUUGUGCGCAUAGUCACUAUUGCGCCAUAACUUGCGUGGACUUCACAAUGUUCGACGAGUGCUUGAAAACUGCGCCCAGCGCGUUUCUCUCGUCUCAAGAUGCAAUCUUCAUCAAUGGACUCCCGUUCGUAUACCGUAUAAUCGUCGUUGUUCAUCUGUGUGUGCUGUGAUAAAAUUUUUGUAUCCUCUACUUUUAGGGAAUUUGAGUGUAAAAUAUGAAACUUGGUAUUUUUCAAACUGCGAAAUAUGUACCAAAUAUUUUAAUAAAUUAUUAGUUUUCUCUUUUUUAGCGAAUGUU